AUGCACCCACGGUCGAGCACUAUUACGUCCUCGUCGACCGAUUUAUCUACAGAUUCUGAUCGCAUUCGCCAUCAGCGCCUAGUGGACUUUAAAAAUCAAUUCGAAAAAAUUUUAAAACAGCGUCCAUUAAGUCGUCAAAUAUUGAAUUCUGUUAUUGAUUUCAGUGAUUAUCCAUUGGAUGAUACGUAUUAUGUUAAUAUUAUUCAAUUAUACAAGCAUCUAUUUCAACGUAUGAAUGAUCACUUAUUUGAUAUAGCUAAAACAAAUCAGUCUGACAUCUAUUUACUCACACGUAUAUUAUCCUAUCAUUUGCAUGAAAACUUUGAUCGGUUUUAUACAAGUCGAAAGAAGAAAUCAAUUGAAUUAUUAUCAUUGCAACAACAAAUGCUUAAAAAUCAACAACAACAAUCCGUGAUAACAAUGAGUGAUCUCAAUCAAUGGAAACGUUCACAAUCAUCAAAUCAAAUACAAUUGACGAAAGAUGAUAUUAUAUUACAUUGUAUAUUUAAUAAUUCACCACAAUUAUUAAUUGAUCAACCCUUAAAGCAUGUGUUCGACACCGGACUACAUAAUGUCAUACAAAAUUUAGCUGAUCGAGAUGAUAAAAUACCUAUAAAAUUAUUAUUUAGUUUAGGUUUAUCGCCGUACGAUAUACUUUAUAGAAUAAUAAAGACAACACUGUAUACAAGAUUAAGACGUUUUUGUUCUCAUUAUCUCUUAGAUAUCGAUAAUUAUCUCACAGUAAAUGAAAUAGAAACAUUAACGUUCAUUGAGCAAUUGGAGCAAAUUUACACCAGUGAAAAUGUCCAAGCUGUUAUCGAUUAUCGCCAAUAUCAGCUGAAAUUACAAUCGGCUGCCGGUAAACAACAACAGUCUAAGAAUAAUAACAAACAGUUGGAUAAUGGGAAUAAUUUAUUCGGCGGACUUUCAGCGGCAGCUGAGCAGGAAAAAAAGAGUGUGUUCACAUGUCAAGAUGUUGUUCCUUCAAUUGUUUUAAAUCGUACUAAACAGAGUAACGUUGGUGAGAAUGGCACUGUAGUUUCACCAAUUGCUUACAUGCAACUGUCAUUAUCAUGGGGCAAAGAAUGGAGUAAAGAAACACAGCAACUUCUAUUGACUGAAGGAAGACAACUGACUGUUGAUCCAGAUAGUGAAGAACAUAAUAAAAUAUUCAAUUAUCAACAUGAAGUGGAUUAUAUUUUUGCAUUAUCUCGUCAAUCAUUAUCAUUAUUUGAACAAUUAUAUUCUUCACCAGACAAAUUGACAGAUUAUUUUAAUUAUUGGUCAUUACUUGUACCAUCAUUAUAUUGGUCUUAUAUGAGAAUUAUUAAUUCAUCAUCUGAGAUUCGAUUUCCUCCAUCUAUAGGAGAAGAUGAAAAUUUGAAUCAUCUCUAUUGGUCAAGUGUGUUAGAAAAUGAUGAUCAAAAUUAUUCUCAACUUGUAUUAAAACAAUGUGAAAAGUAUAAUAUUUAUCCGGCCUAUUUGUACUUUAAAUUGGAUGAAAUUGAGACUAUGAAAAGUGAUAUACCAUGGUGUCAUUGGUUAAUAUCAUCUUGUGAUUAUAAAUUAACAAAUUCGUGUAAUGAUGUCAAUAUUCAUGAUCCUCUUCUUUAUGUAAUUCGAAAUCUUUCGGUUCCAGAAGAAAAUUCAAAUUUAUUUGUAGAAUAUCCAGCAUUAAGAUUAUUAAAUAAAAUUAAAAUAAAUCCAUUUGACGUAUCUAUUUAUCAGUUAUUAGAUAAAUAUACUCAAAUUGAUGUGGCAAAAUGUUUUCAAUGGCAACAGCAAAAUGGACUUUCAAAUGAACAAGCAACAACAAGUUUAUACGAUUUCAAUGAAAUACAACCAUCUUCACCAUCAACUCUUGAUUAUCGUUAUUAUUUCAAUGAACAACGUCCAUUAACAUCGUAUGCAUAUUUUAUAUCAUUAUUUAAUACUCAUGAACAUCAAUAUAUUGAAAAACGUUUAUUAAGAUUAAAACAAUUUUUAAUAACAUCAGUAAAACCUGAAAAAGAUUGUUCAUCAUCCAUUGUAUUAAUGGAUAUUUGUAAUAUGACUGAUGAUCUAUUUAAAUUUCGUUUAUAUUCAACUUUAACUCGUUUAUUUUCAACAUCAACAUUUCUAAAUGAUGAUUUAACAUCAAUAUCAUUAAAAAUAUUAGAACCAUUAACAUCAUCCACAGUACUUUGCUUUGAUACAAUGAAAUUAUUAUUAUUAUUUAAUUUAUUCUGUGAAACAUAUUCAUUAACAUAUUCAAGAACAUUGAUUACUUAUUAUUUGAGUAAUACCGAUUGGUAUCAAACAUUGUUUAUUAUGCAAUUAUUUCAGUAUAAUAUUGAUGAUUUUUAUGCUUGUCUAACAUCUACUACCAUGCAACAACAACCACUUAAUGAACAUUUAAAAUGCUGUUUUAAAUCUUAUAUUAAACAAGAUUUAACACCUCUAAAUAAACAAGAUAUAUUUGCAUUGUUAACUGACAAUUCAUUAACUUCAUCACAAUUGAAAGAACGAUUUCAACAAGGUGCUUUACAGUGUUCUCGUCCACUAUUAGCUGUCUUAUACAGUACAUUACCAAAUGUUAAAACAAUUGAUUCAUAUGUCUUAUUUCUUCAAUCAUUAAAUGCUAAAUAUCCUCAUCUAUUUUUAUCAACUAAAGGUCAAUUAGCAUCAAAUUUAAUAUGUUAUCUUGCUGAUCUUGGUCGUUGGUCAAUAUUGUUAUUAUCAACAGAAAUAUUUGCUAAUAAAACACGUCUAUAUUACUUAUUUAAAUUUUGUCAUACUUGUACGGUAGAAACAUUAAAAACAGAUGAUGAUGAAAGACAAAUACAUACCGAAUUAAAAUUAAUCUAUGAUAAAUUUUAUUUAACAACGUCAACAAACAAAAUUGAAAUUGGUUUAGGUGAAAGUCAACAAUGGUUAAAACAAGUAACAACAAAUUGUUUAACAAUAAUGUUUCGUCAAUUAAGAUCAUUAACUGAUAUUCGAAUUAUUCUUAAUUUAUUAGGUGAAAAAUCAGAAUUUUAUCGAUAUAAAAAUUUAUUUGAAAUAUUAGAAUCAAAUCCAUCACCAAUUUCUUUUGAUUGGUCUUGUAUAUUAUAUACUGAUCGAUGUUAUCGUUCAAUUAUGAUUUUAAUUGAACAAUUAAUUAAACAUGAUCGAUUUGAUAUUGUUGAUGAAAUAUCAGCUUGUAUGGAUAUUGAAAUUGAUAUAACAUUAUUUAAACGUUUUAAAUGUACAUUUGAUGAUAUUGAAAAUGAUAAUUUACAAUUAUUAUUUGAGACAAUGCACAAUGGUCAUCAAGAAUUAAUAAAACGAUUAAAAAAAUAUUCAUUGUAUUUAGAUUUUUUAAUAUCAACUGUCAAACAACAACAUCGAGAAAACAAAUUAAAACAAUUAUUAUUAUAUAUAUUUAUAAGUGAAGUAAAAUUCAUUAAUAAAACAUCAUUUAGUAAACAAACAGAUGAUUUUACAGUUUUAUAUUCAUCUAAACAAUCACAACGUUCAUCAACACUUAAAUCUACACCUUCAAUACAACAUUCUCAUAGUGUAAAUGAUCUUUCGUAUAUUGAUGAAAAAUUAUGGCCAACACUCAUCGAUUUUGUUCAUAAAUAUAGAACAAAAAAUGAUCUUUUUAUAGAAAAAAUAUUCGAUUAUAUUAAUAAUUUGUUUUCAUUACCAUUACUUGAUCAACUAUUAAUUACAUCUUAUUGUACUCAAGUUGAUCAAUAUAUUCAUUUAUUUGAUGAAACUGAAACAAUUACAGACAAACAAUCAAGUAGCACGGAGAACACGCAACCAAUUAUUGUACCAGAAAAUGCUUUUGAAGCUGCUUUGCUAAAAAAUGUUUAUCCGACACCUUCGUCCUUAAAUACCACUACCACUACCACUACUACUACUACUACCACUACUGUAGAAGCACGUGAACAAAAAAUUGCUCCUACUGCAAGUUAUUCAUCAUCAACAGCUAAUCGUUCAAAAUCCAUGAGUAGUGACGCAAGUAGUAGACGAACAUCGACAUCUGGAUCAUCGCUAUUUACCAAUCAUUUACCUGAUCAAGAUUUGAGACAAAUCUUACAAUUUAUUCAAGACGAAUUUAUGAAACGUUUUUCACCAAUUAUUUCAUUUGCAAUUGCUGAAAAAUAUCAUAUGAUAACGUACGAUUUGUUAUUGUAUUCAAUUGGUCAACGUAUAUGUUUAGAUAUUUUAUCGCCACUUGAUACACUUUUACAUUUAGAACAUUUACCACAUAUUGCUUUACCACAAAAACGUUUGACAAAUAUUUUACGUUCAAUAUCUCAAAUAAAUGAUGCAACAUCAUCUUUAUUUCAAACAUCAAUGGCUGUUAAUGAACAAAAACAAUAUCUAAUUGAUUUAAUAUGUUCACGUUCAAAUGUGAAUGGUGAUCGAUUGUGCGAAACAAUCAAUACUCUAUUUAAAAUUAGUGUUAUGUUAAAAUAUUCAUCAUUUAAACAUCUAUUGGAAGAAUGUCAUAGUGAAUUGGAUCUAUUAAGAAAUUUACUCUAUUUACCGGCUACAACAUUAGCAUCUUAUUCUGAUAAAAUUAAAUUGGCUGAACAAUUAUGUAAACAAUUGCAAUUAGAUAAUACGAUUUUGUGCAAUUUAAUUGUAGAUGAAACAGUGAGAACGUUAGAAAUGUGGACUGAAGCUGAACAGUCAAAAUAUCAGGGUGGUGAUUAUGAUGAAACAGCAAUAGCUAAUGAUUGUUUACCAUUUCUACCAAAUAAUAUUCAAACAUUUCAACAAUUCAUCAGUUUAAUACAAGAUAAAAACUAUGAAUUAAUUGGACAAUAUUUAGUUGAACGAUCAAGAUUGUUUGAACAAGAAUUUUUUUCACAACAAGAAAAUAAUCGAAAUAGAAUUCAAUUAUCAUUACGUGUUGAAUUAUUGAUUUAUGGUCAUUUAUGUUUUAUUUAUUCAUGUAAUAUGGAAGGUAUCUGUUUAAUAUUAGAUGAUGUUCACUAUUUAGCCUAUGUAUUAGAAAAAUUAAAUGAAUUUAAUUUGUUAGUUCGAUUAUUUAUUGGUUUAAAACAGUAUAGUGAAAUGAUCUAUGUACUUGAUAUAUUAUGGAAUAAUGAUAAAUUUGAAUUGUUAACAACAACUACAACAUCAACAACAAUGGAUGAUACUACACGUUUAUCAACAUCAAUAUUUGAUUAUUUAAAACGUUAUCAUCCAAAUGAUGAACAUUUAUUUACACUUGUAUCAAUGAAUUUUACAAUGUAUCAAGAUAUUGCAUGUAUGUAUCAAGAUGCAGCAAAAAAAUUAUUAAAAACAUUAAAUAAUCCGACAAUGCAAGCAACAGCUGAAACAUUAACAACUCUUCAAAGUUUAAUUCAAUAUUAUAGUGAUGCAUCAUCCGUAUUCUAUCUAGCUGGAUGUUAUCAAAAUUGUGAUAAUUGUGUUAAACAAGCCCGCUUAUGUUCAUUACAAAUUGAAUUAUUAUCAAAAGAAAUAUUUAUUAUGAAUUUAAAUCCACGACAAUUAAAAGAAUUUUUAAUUAAACAUGAUCGUUUCUGGCAUUCAUAUAUCGUAUCUCAAGCCUACAAUGAACAAUCCUAUUGGCCACAGUCAUUAUUUGAACAAUUUAUAAUUAAAAAUAAUUCACCAUAUUAUAUUGAAUAUCAACAAUUUUUACCAAUAACAAAUGAUUUAAUUGAAACUGUUGAACAAGAAUUAAAAGUUUUAUUAAAUGAAAAUAAAAGUAUAUACAUGUUAAAAACACAUAUAAAAACAAAUUUUCAACAAUUAUUAUUAUUAUCCAAUGACAUACAUCUAAUGGCACGUCUUGCCAAAGAUUUAAAUAUGUACGAUUUUAUUCAACAAACAAUUCUAACAAAAUAUGAUAAUGGAAUUUAUAUAUUGGAUACGCUGAAACUUUGA